GAGAACUCACACAGGUGAGAAGCCGUUCUCUUGCAAAACCUGUGGAAAAAGUUUCAGUCAAGGACGUCAUUUGAAAACCCACAUGAGAACUCACACAGGUGAGAAGCCGUUCUCUUGUAAAACCUGCGGAAAAGGUUUCAGUCAAGGAGGUCAUUUGAAAGUCCACAUGAGAAUUCACACAGGUGAGAAGCCGUACUCUUGUGAAACCUGCGGACAAGGUUUCAGUCAAAGAGGUUCUUUGAAAAUCCACAUGAGAACUCACACAGGUGAGAAGCCGUACUCUUGUGAAACCUGCGGAAAAGGUUUCAGUCAAGGAGAUAGUUUGAAAGUCCACAUGAGAACCCACACAGGUGAGAAGCCGUAUGUUUGUAACACAUGUGGAAAAAGAUUUUUUGACCUAUCGGCACAUAAAAGGCACACAGCAAUCCACAAAGAGGAAAAGCCAUAUUCUUGUGGAACAUGUGGGAAAAGUUUUCGUCAUCGGGAUAACUUAGUGAUUCACAUGAGAACUCACACAGGUGAGAAGCCGUACUCUUGUGAAACCUGCGGGAAAGGUUUCAGUCAAAGAAGUUAUUUGAAAGUCCACAUGAGAAUUCACACAGGUGAGAAGCCGUACGUUUGUAACACAUGUGGGAAACAUUUCUGUCGUCAGAGUAACUUGGUGUUUCACUUGAGAACUCACACAAAUGAGAUGCUGUACUCUUGUGAAACCUGCGGAAAAAGUUUCAGUGAUGCAGGUGGUUUGAAAGUCCACAUGAGAACUCACACAGGUGAGAAACCGUCACUCUGAAACAUCUGGGGAAGAAAUAACUUGAACAGGUUAAAAGUUUUACAGCAGCUUCAGACUGUGCUUCAACAAUAAUUGUGAGGAAAUAUGUCAGCAGUCCUUGAUGAUCAGACCAGAUGGAGUCUGGACUGUGGUGGUGGUGGUGGAGCCACAAGAAGAUCCAGCCUGAACAUCUGGAUCAAUGUAGUAUUGGUACAGGCUGCUGUAUUUUUGGUAUCAUACUUCAUCCUUCAUCAGCGUAGCAGUGAUGUGAGAUAUUGUGAAGCUCUUUGGAACAUUUUCACAUCCUGCUGGAAGAACAUGGCUGAUCAUGUGUGAACAUACUGCUGGAGUCCAAGCAGCUCGAGUGCUGCUGUCUUUAAAGUAAAAGGAUGCAAAGAAAUACUGAGGCGUUAUGACAGUAGGACACAGCAGAGUGUGUCAUUGCAAGAGAAGACUGUGUGAUUCAUGUGUGAUUUAAAAUGUGAUCUCCACAGGCUGUGAUGCUGUACAGGUCAAACUGUGUGAAAACUUCAGCCAUAUGUCAUGAAUUUAAUCUGUCAUCUGUUUGUUCCUCAUCAGUGAUUUAUUUCUUGAUGCAUUAUUGGAAAUGCUAAACUUGUUUUAAACUCCAUAUUGAUUGUAAAUAAACUUCAAAAACUGUC